AUGGCUUCGGCUCAACACGUGAUCGAUCCGAAUGCGGAUACCAUUAUCAUCUUGCGAUCACCAGGAAACCCAGAAUACUUCGCCUUGUGGGACAACUCGCCAUUCGAGAAUCUCGAUGCACUCGCUCAACUUCCUUUCUGCCUGGCGGCCGAGGACGUAGAGACCACGAAUACGAACGACAAUACAGUUCAUCAGGCACCUACCGAGGGUAUCACAGUUACAAGCUUCGAGCAUACGAUCCCGGUCGUUCCCGUUGGGUCGGUACUGUACUGUGUUUCUUCGCGUCAUCUUACCCUGGCUUCUCCGGUGUUCAGGAAGAUGCUAUCGCCAGACGGUUUUCGUGAGGGAUACAAGAAGCCAGAUGGCCGCCACUACAUCGUAGUAGAGGACUGA